AUGACCGACGACCAUUCUUUUGGUUCGCUUUUGCCUACCAAGCUCCAUGGAGCUGGUAAUUACACGGUCUGGGCCAGUCAGAUGCAGAAUUUCCUCGUGUGCAAGGGGCUUCGUGAGCUAGUUCAACCCAACGCUCCUUCUAUCGACAAACCCGAAUCCUUUAGUUCUUGGAAUCCAUACUCAACGAAAGAACCCAAGCCCAACGACCUUCGGCUUUACGAGGCCUGGGCUAAAGACGUGGCCGAGGCUAAACUUCUAUUACAACACAACAUUGAUGCCAACUCCAACAAGCUAGUCGCAAGCUAUUAUACGGCUAGGGACGUCUGGGUGAAACUUGAAUCAAUGUACGGAGGAUCUGGUUUUAACUUACAGUACCAAUAUGCCAACGAGAUCUGUAACAUCAGAUACGAGAAUUUCAACAAUGUCGCCCAGUUUAUCUCGAAAUUCAAGGCUCUUAUCGCUGACCUAGCCAGCCUAGGCCUAUCGCCUCCAUAUAUCUAG